GAGCGCGGCGGCGGGGCGUGCAGAGCGGCGGCGGCGGCAGGAGGGCGGCAGGCCCGGCCGCCCCGCGCCCCCGCCGCCUCCCGCCGCUGCCCGGGGACGGGCUCCGCGGGGGCCGCAGCCCAGCGCGGCGGCGAGAGGAGGAGCGGGGGGUGCGGCGAGCCGCGGCCGGAGGAUGCAGGCGGGGCGGGCGGCGGCGGGCUGCCGUUCCCGGGUCGGGCAGCUAGAGAGCAGUGCAGGGAGCGAAAUCCCGGCCGAGGAGCCCCUGCGCGGCGGCGGCCGGGCGCUGGGAGCUGCCUUCCUGUCGGGGGCGGCUCUGGGCCGCAGGCCGUGAGAGGAGCCGAGCGGCGGCGGGGGCCCGGGCCGCCUCCCCUCCGCUCCCCCUCGCCCAUGGCGGAGACUAAAAUCAUCUACCACAUCGACGAGGAGGAGACCCCGUACCUGGUGAAGCUGCCCGUCCCGCCGGAGAAAGUCACUCUGGCCGAUUUCAAAAAUGUCCUCAGCAACCGGCCCGUGCACAGCUACAAGUUCUUCUUCAAGUCCAUGGACCAGGAUUUCGGGGUGGUAAAGGAGGAGAUCUCGGACGACAAUGCAAAGCUACCUUGCUUCAACGGAAGAGUGGUGUCCUGGCUGGUCCUGGCUGAAAGCUCCCACUCUGACACAGGCUCCCAGUGCACCGAGAGCCACACAGACCUUCCGCCACCCAUUGAGAGAACAGGCGGCAUCGGAGACUCCCGGCCUCCAUCAUUCCACCCAAAUGCUGCCAGCAGCCGGGAUGGCCUGGACAAUGAGACAGGAACAGAGUCAGUUAUUAGCCACCGGCGAGACAGACAUCGACGGAGAAAUAGAGAAGGGCAUGAGGAUGUCCCUCGGAUCAAUGGCCAUCCGAAACUGGACAGACACCGCGAGCACCCUCCUGGUUAUGACAGCUCUUCUACCAUGAUGAGCAGCGAGCUGGAAUCCAGCAGCUUCAUUGACUCUGAUGAUGAUGACAACACAAGCAGGUUGAGUAGCUCCACUGAGCAAAGCACUUCAUCCCGGCUCAUACGGAAGCAUAAACGCAGGAGGAGGAAACAAAGGAUGCGGCAGAUUGACAGGUCGUCUUCGUUCAGCAGCAUCACUGAUUCUACCAUGUCCCUAAAUAUCAUCACUGUCACACUCAACAUGGAAAAGUAUAACUUCCUGGGCAUCAGCAUUGUAGGACAGAGCAAUGACCGGGGUGAUGGUGGCAUAUACAUUGGCUCUAUAAUGAAAGGAGGGGCUGUGGCAGCAGAUGGCCGAAUUGAACCAGGAGACAUGCUUCUGCAGGUGAAUGAUGUCAAUUUUGAGAACAUGAGCAAUGACGACGCAGUACGGGUUUUACGGGAAAUAGUCUCCAAACCAGGACCUAUCAGCCUAACAGUAGCCAAAUGCUGGGACCCUACUCCCAGGAGUUAUUUCACCAUCCCCAGGGCUGAACCAGUGAGGCCAAUUGACCCUGCAGCGUGGAUCUCUCAUACCACAGCCAUGACGGGAGCGUACCCCCGUUACGGUAUGAGCCCCUCCAUGAGCAUCACCACAUCUACCAGCUCCUCACUAACAAGCUCAAUUCCCGAUUCGGAAAAGUUAGAAGAAUGCCCCUUAACUGUGAAGAGUGACAUGGCUACUAUUGUCAAGGUUAUGCAGCUCCCGGACUCAGGCCUUGAAAUUCGGGACAGGAUGUGGUUAAAAAUUACCAUCUCCAACGCAGUGAUAGGAGCAGAUGUGGUCGACUGGCUUUACACACACGUAGAAGGCUUCAAAGACCGACGGGAGGCUAGAAAAUACGCCAGCAGCAUGUUAAAACACGGCUACCUCAGGCACACUGUGAACAAAAUCACCUUCUCGGAACAGUGCUAUUACGUCUUUGGAGACCUCUGUGGCAAUAUGGCUGCACUGAACCUUAACAACGGUUCUAGCGGAGCCUCGGAUCAGGAUACCCUUGCUCCACUUCCCCAUCCUGCUGCUCCCUGGCCAUUAGGCCAAGGAUACCCAUACCAGUAUCCUCUGCCCCCUCCAUGUUUCCCACCAGCAUACCAAGACCCAGGCUUUAGCUACGGUAGCGGCAGCGCAGGGAGCCAGCAAAGUGAAGGAAGCAAAAGCAGCAGCUCGAACCGAAGCAACAGCGAGAACAGCAGGAGAGCUCUUGGCAGAGAGAAGGACCGCAAGUCAGCCGGCAGCGGCAGCGAGUCUGACCACACCGCCCGCAGCGGGGGCGGCACCGGCGGGGGGCGGCGGGAGAGGCCGGUCAGCCAGCUCAGCCACCGGAGCCACGGCUCUGCCACCCACAGCGAGAGAAGCCACCACAGCCACCAUUCGUACGGGCCGCCGGGCGUCCCACCCCUUUACAAUCUCCCCAAGUUGGGCUCCAAAGUCUACGGGACCAGCGGCCCCCCCGGAGGACCCCCGGUGAGGGAACUGAGCUCCGUUCCUCCGGAGCUGACAGGGAGCCGGCAGUCCUUCCAGAAGGCUAUGGGCAACCCUUGUGAAUUCUUUGUCGACAUCAUGUGAGAAGAAGUGCCUUCAGACUCUGCUCGGGGAAGGGCUGGGCGCGGGGGGGGACUGGGCUGGGGGUGGGUGGGCAAAUCUGGUCAUUGUCAAACACUUAAUGGAAGAAACUUGGCUGUCUUGCAUGUCACACCUGCCUGGUUUGCGAUUGUGUUGCCGAAAAAUCCACAAAACAAAACAAAAAACACACACACACACAAAACCCAACCAUAAAAAUGAACAAAAAAGUAAUUCUUCUGGGAUUGUUAAAUGUCAGCAAAUCGAUGGCAUCUUUUCUUUACCCUCCCUCACCCCCCACCCCCUCCUUGUUUUUGAUUAUGAAUGGCUGGUGUAUAUUCACAUCUUAACGAGCUUUGGUAAUUGUGGCACCUACUUCAAUGCAAUUAGUGUAUCUUUUGGGCUGACUCAAGGACUAUUAUUUCACACGACUUCUAAAUUUCCAGUAAUGCAUAGUAGCACUUUUAUUCUUCCCUGCUUUUUCUCUGACAAGGAAAAGAUGCUCGUUGGCUGGUACCCGUGAUACUGCCUCGUAAGGCUGUUUUGGGAUGCGUCAGUCAGACCUGCAGGUGUACGGACAACGUGUGCUUGGGAAGGAGCAGGCUCAAACCGAUUCCUGGCAGAAGGCAAAAAGUUGUGACCACCUUCUGCUGUCCAGGCAGUAUGAAUCAAUCUUCCUUUCUUUCUCUCCCUCUCUCUUUUUUUUUUUUUUUUUUUGGGGGGGGGGGGGGGGGAUAUUAUUCUAUCAAGAGAGUGCUGGAGUCUUGCUACUGUAUGUGUUCAUUGUGCAGAACAUGUAAAGUUAUUUCCUUUAGUAUCAUGGUAGUGACUUUGUAGUUGCAGUCCGUUCCUGGGCAUUUCAGUCACAUCCCUGCUGACAGAUGUGUCUGUUUCUUCUGGUUAUAAUGCACAAUUGCUUACAGGUUUUAAAAGUUAUUUCCACAGAAAUAGGACAAUUGCCGCUAUGAUUCUGUUAGUGUAGCUGCAGCUUUUCCCUUUCGAAGGGGAUAUUUAUCCCAUUAUAGCAGAGAUGCAGGGCAAUCCUGGCUCCUGCUGAGACAUGGCUAUUCAUUUUGAUCACUUCUUUUUCUGUUCUUAAUUUCUGAGCAUAUCCCUCUUCUUUUUUUCUUUCUUUAUUUUUUUUUUCUUUUGAAAGGCAAACCUGGAGAUGUCUGAUCCCAAUUGCAGUGUUGCCCAAGGGUUCUGAACGCAGAUGUUAGCAGAGAAGGGAGAGGGUGUUUGGAGAACAGUUCACAAAUGGUACAAGGAAUGAAUCUUUAUUCCUGACACUGAGUGAGACCCACACUAAAGCUCCUGCUGGGGAGCUUUGACUGAAGCAACUGCUGUUGUAUAUCCCCAGGAUUGCAUUACUGUGUAUUUUUUGCUCCGAGGCUCUGGAUGCUUGAUAAAUUAUGUUCAGGAACGUUCACUGACGUUUAAGAAGCUUUUUUUAAAGGCACUGAGUGAGGGCAUGGUUAAGAGCACACACACACUCUGUGAGGGUGGCUCAUUUAAUGGGAAGUAAGUGUUAAGCUGCAGUCGGUGGCAUUGACCAUGGGGCCAUGCCUCGGUUAAAUCUUCUUUGGUGAAAUACCUGCUUCUGGCAGGUUUUAGGACAGGUGCUUUAAAAUCAGUCUUUACUGUAUAUAAGCAUUUUCUUCACUGGUAAGAAGCUUCUUGUUGUUAUGUUCCAUGCUUUAUGGGUAGUGUGAAUAUCCAGUACGAAUGUCAAAAGAGAACGUGUCUUUCCCACUAGAUACGUGCAGUUUCAUCUUCCUUUGUCCCUGAAAAAUUACUCUUCAAACUGCCCGUUUUGCCUGUUGUUCAUUCUGAUCGAUUUGUCACCACUACUUUUCUUAUUCCAGGUCUGCGUGAAAACACAUCCCUUUUACAAAAGUCAGAGUAACAUUUUCAAAUGUCUGUGUUAAUACUUUCAAAAGGGAGCUGGGCAUUUAGGACACUGUGUGUCGCUCAGACUAGGUACUCCAAUUACUAGGCUUCUAAACUAGCUGAGGGGGUUUGGACAGUUUUCUAUAUAAAAAGAAUCUCCCGAAAAAGCUACAUGACAUUUCUGAAAGCAGUGCUUUCGUCAUAAUCCAUCUGAUAGACUGGCAUAGAUUGCAGCGUUGGUGAUGGCUUCUUCAAAAGAUUAGCACUACCUAAAGCCUGACUGUGCCACAGUAUCUUUUCUUAUCCUUUCCUCCUCCCAGUAACACCACAAAGAUGCUAACUAAACUCAGUAAACUAUUUUGAGAGAUUGACAUUGAAAGCAAUGAAAUAAAUCAGGGUGAAAUAAUUCUGUAAUUCUGCUGUGUCUCCAGGAGACACUAUUAAGGAGUCUGUGACUUUGCUGACAAUCACUAGUGGUUCUACUUUUAAAUGAAUUUUAACUUUUCUGGUCUCUUAUAUAUUACGAUUUUUCUGACCCACUUUUGUCUUAAGGCAGAACUUACAGGGCUGGAGGAAAAGACUGUCAUUCUAAUAAGGUAUUUCCAAAAGGGAUUAAAGCCGGGGGCUGAGCUUUCACCCGUGGAAGAAACGUGUUUAAUUUCCUUCUGUCUUUUCAAGAGUUGCAGUUUACACACCUGCUGGGUUGUUGUUUAGUUUUUUGUUGUUUUGUUGGUUUUUUUUGUCUUGUUGUUAUGCUGUUGGCAGAAACUAUUCUGUGUCUUGCUGGUCUUUGCUGCUAUGUUGAAACGACUGUGUUAUAUACUUGCGUGUUUAUGGGUAUCCCUGGGAGGAGGCUGACGGUCCGUAACGUAGGGGUGGGAAAGCAUUUGUCUGCUGAGGAAACUGAGCUGCUAAAUCCAGCCUGCAGGAGCUUCAUCCCCAAGCAGGCAUCCCUUUCAGGCCGACGAGGAGCGCUCUGACUGUCCUGACGGCUGUGCGAGGGGCUUGAUGCUGUAGAGCGCGUCCAACCUGCUGCUCACAAAGAGCAGCAGGAGAACGUACGUGACCCUUCUGUGAACGGUGCAAUACGUCACGGCCACUGGGUGUAAACCAAAAGCUUCAUUUCCCCGCCUUGCAGCGUACGGUGGAGGGGCUGGUUGCCUGAAUGGCCGGUGAGGCCUGAAACAUUGCUAGCUCUUUAUUUUCAGAAGUGAACGACUACGGGAGGUUUCCCAGGUCCCAUCCUUGGCUUUCAAUGCAUGUGCAUGUGUCUUUGCAACAAGGGGGCCUGGGGGCCUCGCUGUGCGAGUUUCUCCUCUUGGGUACAGUACUACCUGCAGCAAGAAGUGCCACUGAUGCCAACCGAGCUACGUACAACGGGGAGUACUGUGCCAGGUGGAAGAAAGCGGGAAGGCUGGAGUGCUGCAGAACUGUCUGUUUCUCUCACCAGGGCUUGAAUUUUUCCUCUGAUAUUCAUGUCCAGUAACGGGCACUGGCUGGGCUGUAGAAUGCAUGACCUGUGCCUCUAACGGCGGCGAGGUGGUGUGGCUUUGCUGCGUUAAGCAUGGAAACAGCCUUGCAACGGGAGCCUGAAGUAGCUGAUGGUUUUGUUCUGGAAGUGAGACUCUCCCCAUCUGCCUGUGCUCCGCAGCUGAGCUUAACGUUCGUGCGUACCUGCUGACAGCUUUUAACAAGGACUAACAGCUGUGUUUGGAGGACCACCGAAAAUUAUGAGAAAACAGGGCAGGAUGAUGUCUCCAAUCUGAAGGAGGUGGUAUCUGUUAGGGUUGUGUACCCUCCCAGUGUAUUAACUCUGAGGAGUAGGGGUUUUUGGCAAAUAGUCUUAAAAGCACUGCUAUUGUCUUUUACCUCCUGUUAAUAAAUCUACUUUUCGAAGGUAGCAGUCCCCUGGACACUUUAUCCAAAGGUAUAUUGGAUGGCAAGCAAUGAUGCACAGACAUUGACUUUUAAUAUUGUUUUUGUUCUAUUGAAAUGGGCAGUCCCACCUGGAGGCUUGACGGCUCAUGAGUUGAUGUAAUUGUUUUUGUUUUGCAUUUAACUGGAUUGUAAUAAGAUUGACUUAAAAUUAUUAAUUCUAAUCAGUGAUUAGAAAUACAUGUAAAGAAUUUUAUGUACAGUAGAGGAACAAAGUUACAUGAUUUUAAAUAAUGAAAACCCAGACUAUCACCUAUUCUAGAAUUGGUUCUACUCAAAGAGUGACCUCUUACUAGCAUGGACUGCACUGUUCCCGUUAAAUGUCUAUUGCAUAAUUGAAUUCUUUUUUGUAGAUAUUGUAUUAAAACCCAAGUGUCUGUAUAGUUAAUAUAUAGCUGCUUAUGUGUAAAUGCUAUUUUAAACACUAAAAAGCUUUUAAUUUUAUGUGAUAA